AACGAGAGAGAAGCUCCGCGUGAGGAGAGGUGGCGGAGGGAAAACCCUAAAGGGGAGGACGAAGCGUUUCCCGCGCGCGAAACAGCAAGGAGGGAAUCGCUUCGCCUCUUCCGAUUCCCCUCUGCGACUCUGAUUCUGGUCCCUCUCCGGUCCCUGAGAAGUCCGAAGAAGGCGGAGGACCAACCAUGGCCAGGAUGUUGAUGAGCGCUUCUCGGCUUUCCUCUCUGCUUCACCCCAGGAUAUACAGACCGGUGACCAUUUCAGCAUCUGCUUUACAAUUCCGUAACUUUGCUAAACCAGCACGGAAGAAGUGUAAAUCAGAUGGAAGUGAUCCUGGAGAAGACAAGAUGUCUGAGAAAGAAUUGGCUCUUCAGCAGGCCUUGGACCAAAUAGCUUCUUCCUUUGGAAAAGAAGCAAUUAUGUGGCUUGGUCGUUGUGCUGGUCAUCGAGUCGUACCUGUAAUUUCUACCGGAUCAUUUGCACUAGAUGCGGCAUUGGGGAUUGGAGGACUUCCGAAGGGGCGUGUAGUCGAAAUAUAUGGCCCAGAGGCAUCAGGUAAAACAACCCUCGCUCUCCAUGUGAUUGCAGAAGCUCAAAAGCGCGGAGGCUAUUGUGUUUUUGUUGAUGCUGAGCAUGCACUUGACCCAGCACUAGCGGAGGCUAUUGGUGUGAAAACAGAGAACUUAUUGUUGUCACAACCUGAUUGUGGAGAGCAGGCACUAAGCCUUGUUGACACAUUGAUUCGCAGUGGUUCUAUUGAUGUUGUUGUUGUAGACAGUGUUGCUGCUCUUGUACCAAAGAGUGAACUUGAUGGUGAGAUGGGUGAUGCACAUAUGGCAGUACAGGCAAGACUGAUGAGCCAGGCCCUUCGCAAGUUGAGCCACUCAUUAUCUCUUUCACAGACAAUUUUGAUAUUUAUAAAUCAGGUGAGAUCGAAGUUGAGCACAUUUGGAGGAUUUGGUGGGCCAACUGAAGUGACUUCAGGAGGAAAUGCCUUAAAAUUUUAUGCAUCUAUCCGCCUAAAUAUCAAACGCAUUGGCCUAAUUAAAAAAGGAGAUGAGACAGUUGGAAGUGAAGUGCUAGUGAAGGUUGUGAAGAACAAGCAUGCUCCUCCAUUCAAGACUGCACAGUUUGAGCUUGAAUUUGGCAAAGGGAUUAAUCGGGAAUCAGAAAUUCUAGAAUUAGGUUGCAAGCACAAGUUCAUCAAGAAGGCUGGUGCAUAUUACACCAUCAAUGACCAAACGCUCCAUGGCAAAGACAAUGUUAAGCGCUUUCUCAUUGAGCAUGAAGAUGUCAGAGAAGAAUUGUUGAUGAAGUUGAGAGAUAAGCUUUUACAUUCUGAGGCUGAGAAAAGAGAGGAGGAAGUAGAUGCUACAUGUGAAACUGAGGAUUAUUUUGCAUCUGACUUCGUUGAAGAUGAAUCAGAUCCUGUGGUUGUUGAGGCAUGAUAUUGGCAUAUGAUGGGGCUCAGUCUAAGACCUCUCCUUGAACGUGUACUGUGGACCUUUGCAUUUUCGGUACAACUAUUGCUGGAAGAAUAUGUUAAGGUUGAUCCAGUAAAUUUUGACCUUGGUGGGGGAGGUUGAAUUGGAAGGUAGUGGAUCUGGUUUCGUGGUUUCACUCGUGGGGGUUUCACAUGGCACUUUUGUCUGUCAUUCUCUAUGCAGUUAAAUGAGGUUGGCCUCAAAGGCAUUAUUUUAAUCAUCUGUGUUGGAUCUGUCCCCUCGUAUGGCCAAGGAGGCCAUAAGGCUGAGAUGUGUAAAUGACAUGAGUUUUUUACUUAUGACUGUUGUAUGUGUAAAGUUGUAAUAGAUGCAGUUUAAUAUACUGAUUCGGGUUUAGUGCCUCA